AAGGGUUAAAUGUCGCGGGUUUUCUAUUGGUCGCCAGGAGGAGGAGCAGCGCAGAGCCAGUCGCUCGCAGGCGACACAGAGACAAGACGCAGUGUUGGUUGGACUGAGGAUUCCCAAAUGCGACUGGCUGGCACAGGGGACUGAUGUGGGCACGCGGCAGGGGGACAAGUUAACCGGCUUCUUAGGCUACUUGCCAAAUGUCGGUCAAACACACUGAGCGCUGAUCACUCCCUGCUUUGCUAAGUCACCUUCAAUGUAAGGACAUGCGAGCGGCUGCUGAAUGGAGCGACCCCACUGCCUGAAACUAACACCCGACACUAACACUAACACCCGCCACUAACACCUCCUCUCGCUCGCACCGUCUCUCUCUCUCUUCCACGCUGCGUCCGAGCUGCUCCUCUUCAUGACUGCUCUGAGCGAUUUCUCCUCUAAUCGACAUGAUCCUGCUGCUCUUGACUCUGUUACACUGGGGCUCUGGGGCUGCUGUAAGGAGGCAGGAGGUUGCCGGGGGUCAGGCUUGGAGGGUCCCUCCCGCACUACAGCGCUACCGAAGGGGACUAUUUAUUGCCAAUACAUCAGACUCAGUGGCCGCUGACAUCACGUGCCCCUAUAAAGUCAUGACAGAAGGAAAACCCAGGAACAUUUGCUUCAGGACCACGGACAGCUCCUUCCGUUGCGAUUCAAGUAAGUGCAAAGUGUUCCGCUCCGACUCCGGCUCCUUAUUGGCCAAUGUGCUGAGCAACAGCAGCGUCCUCCUGCAAUGGCGCCCCCCACAGGCCCACACUCUCAGGGGCUUUCUCCUUAACUGUUCCUGGAAUGGGACUUUCACUCGCUUCCAGUGCGACAAUGUCCAUCUUGGCACCAACUGCAGAGAUUACCUCCUCUCCAACCUGCACGACAAUGUCAACUACAGAAUCUGCCUGAAAACGCUUUACACAAACAGGACGUCUGGGGAGGAGUGCGUGGAAUUUACUGUGGAGCCCGUGGGGAUGCAGGAUCUUGUCAUUGCUAUGACGGCAGUGGGGGGUUCUAUCUGCGUCAUGCUGGUCAUCAUAUGUCUCCUAGUGGCCUACAUUACUGAAAACCUUAUGCACCCUGCCUUCACUCAUCCCUCUGCCAAAAGAAGGCCAUAACAGGCCACAAUGCUGCUACUUUACUUCAUGUAGGUCUGUCUUUCUUACAACCAGUGUCGGACUGGGACACCAGGGACCCACCAAAAACCUUUAGACCAGGGGUCCACUCUAAGUAUUAUAUUCUUCCUCUCCUCGCUCAACCUCUAUUCUCCUAGUCUUUACAUACUAUAACCUAUUAUUCCAUUAUUUAACCUCUUUAUUUGCAUAGAAAUAGGGAACGGCCAUGAAAUAAGCCAUAAGGGCACACUGAAACCUGGGCCCACCGGGACUUUUCCUGGUAUCCCGGUGGGCCAGUCUGACACUUUGCUUAGAACAAGUGAUUUUUGUCAGAUGUCAAGCCUGCAGGCCUUUUGCUGCUGUAAUACAACUCCUAUCAUUCACUAAGGCUCCUGGGACACUGAGAGAGACUUAUAGUUCCAACAGCUGAAGGGCUGCAGGAUUAACAGUCCAUGUCUUUGUGUGAAAACAAAUAAAAGUUGCCAGUCCUGUUUCUGUA